AUGUUGCUUGUCCAAGACAUGGAUAACAACGCCGCUCCCUUUCUUACCCCAACAUCAGCGCUGCUGCUGCUACAGAACUACCACCAUUCAGAAACCUCUAACCCUCUGGAAAGCAAUGAAAUGGCUGCUUUACCCAAGGAACAUGGGCUUGAGAAAAACAGUACAGCUUCACACUAUGAACUGAUGCCAGGAGAAAUCAUAGCUGCCAGCCUGCUUUUGGGAGCUUUGUGGUUAUUCUCCAUCUUUGGAAACUCUCUUGUUUGCCUGGUAAUUCACAGGAGCAGGAGGACGCAAUCUACGACCAAUUACUUUGUGGUCUCAAUGGCUUGUGCAGACCUCCUAAUCAGUAUAGGGAGCACUCCAUUUGUGCUUCUUCAGUUGGUCUCUGGUAGAUGGACACUCGGGAGCGUGAUGUGCAAGCUAGUAAGAUAUUUUCAGUAUCUCACACCUGGUGUCCAGAUUUAUGUGCUGCUUUCCAUCUGUGUGGACAGAUUCUAUACUAUUGUUUAUCCACUGAGUUUCAAGGUGUCACGGGAAAAAGCCAAGAAAAUGAUUGCAGCAUCUUGGAUCUUUGAUGCUGCUUUAGUGUCUCCAGCUUUCUUUUUUUUUGGGUCAGGCUGGGACAAUCAUUGUAGCUUUUUCCCCCCAUAUUCUUGGGAUGGAGCUAUUUAUAGCAUCAUACAUUUGUUACUGGCUUUCCUGAUUCCAUCUGUUCUUAUCAUUCUUUUUUACCAAAAGGUAAUCAAAUACAUUUGGAGGAUUGGUACAGAUGGUAGGACAGUCCGGAGGACAAUGAAUAUCGUUCCAAGGACAAAGGUGAAAACAAUCAAGAUGUUCCUUGUGUUAAAUUUGCUGUUUCUGCUUUCAUGGCUCCCAUUUUAUGUGGUUCAACUCUGGCAUCCACCUGAGACAGACUACAGGAAAAGUUCUUUGGUUUUUAUGUCAGUUACUUGGAUAUCCUUUAGUUCCUCAGCCUCAAAACCUACCUUGUAUUCCGUGUAUAAUGCAAACUUCAGGAGAGGAAUGAAGGAAACUUUCUGCAUGUCCUCCAUGAAAUGCUACCGCAGCAACGCAUAUACCAUCACCACCAGCUCAAAGAUAGCAAAAAAAAAUUACGUAGGGAUAUCAGAAAUCCCUGUACCAGCCAAAACUGUUUCCAAAGACACCAUGUAUGAUUCAUUUGACAGAGAAGCAAAAGAAAAAAAGCUUGCCUGGCCUAUUAAUUCAAACCCACCAAAUACAUUUGUCUAA